GUUAAACUCGGUGAGAGAGCGGUAUAGCCGAAAAUUUCAGACCCAAUUUAGCCGGCAAAAGCGAAAAACACAAAAAAAACCAUGGCCUUCGUUUCGUUCGUUGGGAGAGUGCUCUUUGCUUCGGUCUUCAUUCUCGCUGCUUAUCAAGAGUUCAAUGAUUUUGGUGUUGAUGGUGGGCCGGCAGCAAAGUAUCUGAGACCGAAAUUCAAUGUUUUCUUAGAUCAUGUGUCAACUCAUUCUGGGUUGCAAGUGCCGGAAGUUCAAAUUAAACAUUUAGUGGCUGCUGCAAUAGUAUUGAAGGGCCUUGGAGGUCUUCUUUUCAUCUUUGGCAGCUCCCUUGGAGCUUAUCUUCUGCUUCUGCAUCAGGCAUUUGCUACUCCUAUAUUGUAUGAUUUCUAUAACUACGAUGUUGAGCAGAAAGAGUAUACUCAACAUUUUCUGAAGUUUACACAGAAUUUGGCAUUAUUUGGGGCACUGCUGUUUUUUAUUGGUAUGAAGAACUCAUUGCCCAGGAGACAAGCGAGGAAAAAGGCCCCAAAAACCAAGACAGUUUGAAUGGAACAUUUGGUAAUAUGAGGGUCAGUUAUUUGAUCAUUCCAACAAUGCCUGAAUAUUGUUCAGGAGCUAGUUUUGUAUGCAUGUAUCAGUGCUUUCCAAAGUUUAGAGUAAUACUAUAUUGGGAUAAAAGAAGGAAUUCAGGUUGUUUUGAGGGUGUGAUGUUUCUUAGUUCGCUAGUUUAUGCACAUUCAAUUGAGGUUCAGAAAGAUUUGCAAUUUAUGAUUAUUAGUUCUUUUGGUUU